AUGGAUUCUCGCGUCCUAGUCCUACCGUGCAGUACAAAGGUGUCGCUGUCGACUCCAGAGACACUUUUCGCAUCGGCCAUCGCUACAAUCACUGUUUCAGAUCAGUUGGUUCAGUGUGCCCACUACGGAGCCAAUCUUUGCGACAAUACGCGUGCUGUCCUCCCAAUUGCCAUGGAUCCGUCCUCAGCAUCCUCUCCAGCCGCGAUGACAAGCCUACCAUUUGGACCCACACUUACCACUGUCUUCACCACCGCGGACCCACCGACCUUCACAUUGACGCCUUCGGCAUCCAUUGCCAUGACGAUGUCGGUGUUGACCUCUACCCCCGCCGCGUCGACCUCUAUGCUGCCUAACCCAACUUCGGAAGACGAAGAUUCUACUGGCGAUGACGACGAAGGCGGUGUGCAUCCUACUCAAGGAUCGGUGGUAGUGUACAUCACUAUGGGUGUUUUUAUCGCAUUUGGAAUCGCUUGUGGCUUGGUCACCAACCAGACAGUCGUUAUCUGGUUCAUGAAACAGGUGGAACGGGCUAAGGCGGCGUAUGCGCCGCCUUCGACGGCAAGAACGGCAAGCGAGCUGACCUAG